GUCAGUCUUCCUGUCAUCAGACUUUAUUGACUGUCUGUCUCAUUGUCUCAUUACCCGAAAUCUUUAUUCCAAUAGAGUUAAAGGCAAAAUAUAAACGUUUAAUGUUGAAAUACUAUGUGUUCUACCUAAUUAUUUAGAUCGUGCAUGUGUCAACUAUGUGACUGUUAUAGUUUUAUAGUAGUAAAUAUUUUUAUUAUUGACUAAUAUCUUCUUUUCAACCUGUGGAUACCUUUAGUUAACACUCAUCCUACAUUUUGGAGAUGACGACAAACUCAUAUGAGAAAAGCUCUACCAAAGAUGGAGCUCGCCCUUAUAAAUGUUGCGAUUACUCUAACAAAAUCACAUUAAAUUUACAAAAUUUCAAAAGAGAUGGAAGGUUUUGUGAUAUAGAUCUAAUAUCAGGCUCAACCAUUGUUAAGGCUCAUAGAGUGGUGCUUGCAGCCAGUUGUGCAUAUUUUGAUGCUAUGUUUAAUGUUGGUUUGGAGGAAACUCAGAAAGGUUAUGCUUCUCUUCCAAGUGUACCUCCUGAUAUUUUGCCAAUGAUCAUUGAUUUUAUUUAUACUGGUGAGAUAAUUAUUGACAAGAGUACAGUGCAGCAUUUACUGAUUGCGGCUGAUAUGCUGCAGCUCCGGGAGCUUGUUACUGGCUGUGGAGAAUUCUUGAGGAGGGAGUUGCAUCCUUCAAAUGCACUUGGAAUAUUCAGGUUUGCUGAAGCCCACAAUUGUGUGGAGUUGGUAAAAGAGGCAUUAGAACAUGUCCAAGCGAACUGGAAUACAGUGUCAAAUGGUGAUGAGCUGUUAGAACUGCCAUUGCCUCAGUUAAUUACUUUACUUUCUUCAGAGCAAUUAAAAGUUGACAGUGAAGCACAGGUUUUAUAUGCAGCUCUAAGAUGGUUAGAGCACGACCCAGCAUGUCGUAGACGACACUGCUUUGAAGUAUUGAGUCACGUAAGACUGCCACUUAUCUCACCACAAGUUUUAGAUCAAGCCAUCAAAAAUGUACAAGAUCCAUCUAUAGCAGUAGCUCUAAAAACAGUUCGAGUUGAUAUGAAAACUCGUCGAGGUGCUUUAGUUUCUCUACUGGUGGAGCCACGCCAACGCGCGCGGCGAAUAUUACUCUUAGCUGGGGGCUCAUGCCGCGACAAGGCCGUACAUCCGCCCUUAUCAACACAUUAUAAUCAAGAUAAUAUCCUCUCCUCGGUGCUAAAAUUCGAUUUACAUAAGAGAGAAUGGGAAGAGCUUUCUCCCAUGGGAAUAGCAAGAAUACAGCCAGGCGUCGCAACGUUAGGAGGACGGGUUUAUGCCGUUGGAGGUGAACAAGGAAGUCAAAUACUUGCCAAUGGAGAAGUUUACGAUCCUCAGACUGAUAAAUGGUCGAAUAUUGCGCCAAUGAAAGAAGCACGUUGUGAAUUUGGACUGACUGGUUGGAAUGGAAAUUUAUACGCUUUUGGUGGUUGGGUCGGAUCCGACAUGGGUUCAUCAGUUGAAGUAUACGAUCCUGUCGCUGACGAAUGGACUUUAGUGGGCAGAAUGCCCGAGCCAAGGUUCGGCAUGGGGGUCAUUAAUUUCGAAGGACUAAUAUACAUAGUCGGAGGAUGCACUCACACAUGGAGACACACCAGAGAUUUGUUGUGUUACCAUCCCGCGUCCCGGAAAUGGCAUACUCUGACACCGAUGCACCACGCUCGUAGUCAAGCCGCAGCAGUCGUGCUGGACAACUACCUUUAUGUGAUCGGUGGCAACGCGCCGAGGCGGUCUGUUCUCACCUCGGUAGAACGCUACAGCUUUGACGAGGACACGUGGGAGGAGGUGGCGAGCCUGAAGGAGGCGCGCGCGGGCUGCGCGGCGGGCGCGGCGGAGGGCGUGCUGGUGGUGGCGGGCGGCGACAGCGAGAGCGGCGAGCGAGCCUUCUACCGCGCCCGCACCACGCUCGCCAGCGUCGAGCUGUACGCGCCGCGCGACGACGCCUGGCGCGCCGGCCCGCCGCUGCCGCACUCGCGCGCCGAGGCCGGCGCCGCCGUGCUCUGACACAGCCCGCGCCGCACCACGCUCGCCAGCGUCGAGCUGUACGCGCCGCGCGACGACGCCUGGCGCGCGCGGCCCGCCGCUGCCGCACUCGCGCGCCGAGGCCGGCGCCGCCGUGCUCUGACACUAGCCUGCGCCGCACCACGCUCGCCAGCGUCGAGCUGUACGCGCCGCGCGACGACGCCUGGCGCGCCGGCUGCCGCUGCCGCACUCGCGCGCCGAGGCCGGCGCCGCCGUGCUCUGACACUAGCCCGCGCCGCACCACGCUCGCCAGCGUCGAGCUGUACGCGCCGCGCGACGACGCCUGGCGCGCCGGCCCGCCGCUGCCGCACUCGCGCGCCGAGGCCGGCGCCGCCGUGCUCUGACACUAGCCCGCGCCGCACCACGCUCGCCAGCGUCGAGCUGUACGCUGCGCGACGACGCCUGGCGCGCCGGCCCGCCGCUGCCGCACUCGCGCGCCGAGGCCGGCGCCGCCGUGCUCUGACACUAGCCCGCGCCGCACCACGCUCGCCAGCGUCGAGCUGUACGCGCCGCGCGACGACGCCUGGCGCGCCGGCCCGCCGCUGCCGCACUCGCGCGCCGAGGCCGGCGCCGCCGUGCUCUGACACUAGCCCGCGCCGCACCACGCUCGCCAGCGUCGAGCUGUACGCGCCGCGCGACGACGCCUGGCGCGCCGGCCCGCCGCUGCCGCACUCGCGCGCCGAGGCCGGCGCCGCCGUGCUCUGACACUAGCCCGCGCCGCACAACGUAGCUUAAGACAAACGUACAAAUAAUUAAGCUGCUUUCGUGUCAAAAUUCGACAGUAUAGCUCCUAUGCAUUUUGAUACUUUACAUACCUAUUGAUGUAACGUGUAUUUUAGAAGUGAAGUAAUAAUAAUCGUCCAAAUGCCCUCACAAAUAUUUGUACGUGCAAUACGCGUACUUAACUCGAAAUUAUUGACCCAGUACCAAUGUUAAUCCAUUCUACUAUUGUCAAGUGGUAGGUUGUAUGCGUAAUUUAGAUCCACUGGACCGAUUAUGAAAAUUAUCGAUCAAUACUUUAAUCGGGUACUAAAAAUUACCAUGCAAAACAGCUAGUUAGGCAUAUAAUCCAUACAAUAAUUAUUUUUUGAGUUUCGCGUAUCUACAGGACCAAGUGACCGAUAUGAUAAAAUAUUUCAAUGUUCACACUACCGUGGUUGCUCGUUUUUUUCUGAGCGGAUCGUACAGGCCGUUUGCUGUUUAGCAAACAAAAGACAGCUACCGCAAAUCCGCAGAUGUAACGCUAUAGACUACUUUUUCAUCCAGGUGCGCGAAGUAAUUUCUAAAACUUGACGAUAACCUUGUACGGGGCCAGAAGCCAAAAUACAAUUUCUAAAAA